AUGUACCAAUUCAUCCCUUUACUCGCCCUCCUCCCUUCCCUCGCUCAAGCCCAAGUGACAGCUACGUUCCCCAAUGGACCCACCAACCCUGACAAACCAGAGUUCUACCCGAUCGGUUCAUACGUGAACUCAACCUCUGAAUCGAGAUUGAUCACCUUGAACGGUGUGGACGAUUUCUGUCUCUGGGGGCCACCCGAUCAAUCGGGUGCCGCAGAGAACGAAAUCGGUAAUGUGGAACCUAUCGUCGUUGCUUAUUGUACCAAACCAAGAAACGGUGCUAGAUUGAUCCCAGACGGUGCUAUCACGGCUGCUCACUUCAUCAAAACCCCCAACUACGUCCAAAUCUACGGUUUCUGGGAUGGUACCAAGGUAGGAAUUGUCGAUGGUGACGCUGGUGGUGAACUCGAUCCUCACGGUGCCGAGAAUCUCGGUAACCCCAUCGGUGGUAACGUCACCUCAAAUGUCGGUGGUAGCGAUGUCUUCUACGAAGAAUGGAUGUCGUUUAUCUCUUACGACCAAUUCUGUCUUCGAGUAUGUACCGCUGAGACCGGAAACGUAACCGCCGCUCUCCAAUGUGAACACGAACUUGAUAUCAUGGGUUGUCAAUUCGUCAUGGCUAUUGAAGACUUCUACCAAUCCAACAACACUUUCACCGAAUGUGAAGGUGAAUCCGCCGCACCUCCCGGACUCUACCCUCAACCUGAUGGCAGCUACUCCACUUUCAGACAACGAUACACCGGUACUUACACCGCUGAUGGUACCGUCGGUAUGUUUACUGUUGGUCAAACCGUUACUCCAUCUUCCGUUGCAUUCUACCCCGCCACCUCCAACUGUAAGACUUAUUCCACCAUCUCCAACGGAAUCAACACCGGCGACUGGGCCGUGACCGCUACUCCUUCUGUACUCGUCGGUGGAUCCACUCAAGCCGGUUCAGUCGGUACGACCUCUCAAUCUCGACCUUCUGGUGCUUCCGCUGCCGCUUCCACCUCAGGUGCCUCAGGUUCCGCUUCCGCCUCGGCCUCCGCUUCCCGAUCAGGUGCUUCAGGUUCAGCCUCAGCUGCUGCCUCUGGAUCAAGCACGCAAUCCAAUGCCAAUGCCUCUGGCUCCAACUCAGCCGCCAAAUUGACCUUUAACACCGGUUCUACCAAUUUGCUUUUGGGCGCUGGUGUUGCUGUCGUUGGUAUGUUGGUCGGUGCUGUCUCUCUCCUUUAG